UCUCACCCUAGUUUCACCGGCGAAAGGGGGAGGAAAUUGGCGGGAACAACAUUUUGUGAAGCAGAAUUUCUUCUUUAAGAAGAAUCACCAGUUGAUAUUUUUCAUCUUAUUUUGAGAUUGAUACGAAAAAGAUGUACGCAAACGCAAGUCAGUUCGACGGCGCCGCCGCCUUCUCAGGCGGUGGUUUCAUGCCUUCUCAGGCCACUCAGAAUACGGACCCUGCGCCCUCUUCGAUCACUAAGAAUCGUGAUACACAUACGCUGAUUCCCUUGACUGUGAAGCAAAUUAACAAAGCGUUGUUGUCGAAUGAUGAUAAAGUGAACUUUCUCAUCGACGGCGUUGAUGUAAACAACGUUAAGUUGGUAGGGAUGAUAAUGAACAAAGCUGAGAGGGUUACAGAUGUUUCCUUUCUGCUUGAUGAUAGCACAGGUCGCAUAGACUGCAACAGAUGGGUUCAUGAACCAGUAGACACGAAGGAGAUGGAAGCAAUAAAGGAGGGAAUGUACGUUCGAGUUCAUGGCCAACUGAAAGGCUUUCAAGGGAAAAAGCAGUUAGUGGUCUUUGGUAUCAAACCUGUGAUUGAUUUUGAUGAGAUCACACAUCACUUUGUUGAAUGCAUAUAUGUCCACUCUUACAACACAAAGUUACUGAAGCAACAACCUGGUAGUAGUGGCACUAGUAAUCAAUCUCAUAUGCCAAGUUCAGGGAUUAACACACAAUCAUACCAAACUGCUCCAUCAAAUCAGUUCACUGGUCAAUAUGUUGUUAAUGGACUGAAUGGAGUUGAUAAAAUGGUGUUGGAUUAUUUGCUACUUCCAGCCAAUUUAUCAAGGGAUUCAGGAGUACAUGUAGAAGAAAUUGCUAUGCAGUUGGGCCUUUCUUUAGACAAGAUUCGGGAGGCGAUUGAUGGGAUGGUAAUUGAGGGGCUGAUUUACUCAUCAAUCGAUGACAAUCACUACAAGUCCACUGGCAAUGCAUGAUUCCGAUUCCGAUUCCAAUUCCAAUUCCGGGACUGUUUUUAAGUAUGGAAUAGGUUGAUAAUUUUGGCUCCUAAAGUUUCCUUUGUUUCUUGCUUGCUCUUUUUGAAUCGUAAUUACAUUUCUUGUUUCAUGUUUCGUUAUGGUAUGACUACAUAUUUUAACUAUGAAAUGAAGUUAUAAGUUAUAACA